AGCGCCGCUUCACUUCGUCUGAUGAAGUUGAACGCAGACCUGCUGAGGACAGAAGAGACACACACUGAUGGCUGAAAGUUCAGGACCAAAGAUGGAGACACCUCAAGAGGUCGUCUUGGGAACUUUAGAAGAUUUGGGAGCUGAGGACUUUGAAAAAUUUAAGUGGCACCUGCAGCAGAAAGGGGCCCUUGAAGACUUCCCAGCAAUCCGAAAAUGCAAACUGGAGAAUGUAAACAGGGUGAAGACAGUGGACCAGAUGUUCUCGACCUACAGUAUGAACACCAUUAAAGUGACUAGAAUAGUUUUAGUGAAGAUGAAUCAGAAUGAGCUAGUGAAGAAUUUAUCAAACACCGUCUCAGAACCUGCAGAAAUUCUUGCUUCAUGCCAGCGAAAAGUCAAAUCCAACUCACAAAAGAAGAUCCAGUGUGUGUUUGACGGGAUUGCUAAAGCUGGAAACAAAACCCGUUUGAAUAAGAUGUUCACAGAGAUCUACAUCACAGGCGGAGAGACUGAAGAGGUCAAUGAUGAACAUGAGGUCAGACAGAUUGAAACAGCAUCCUGGAAACCAGACAGACCAGAAACAACAAUCAGAUGUGAAGACAUCUUUAAAGACCCACCUGGAAGAGAUGAACCAAUCAGAACAGUGAUGACUAAGGGAGUGGCUGGCAUCGGGAAAACAGUCUUAACACAGAAGUUCACUCUGGACUGGGCUGAAGGCAAAGCCAACCAGGACAUCCAGUUCACAUUUACAUUCACCUUGAGAGAGCUGAACGUGCUGAAAGAGAAAAAGUACAGCUUGGUGGAAGAGGAGUACUUCAGGAAGAGAUUCCUAGAUGAAGGGCAGACCAGCAGAAUUAUCUCCCACAUCAAGAAAUCACGCAGCCUCCACAUCAUGUGUCACAUCCCAAUCUUCUGCUGGAUCAUUGCUACAGCUCUGGAGAAGGUGUUAAAGACCAGAGAGGAAGGAAAACUGCCCAAGACCCUGACUGAGAUGUACAUCCAUUUCAUGGUGGUUCAGUCCAAACGGAAGAAUGUCAAGUAUGAUGGAGGAGCCGAGAAGGAUCCACACUGGAGUCCAGACACCAGGAAGAUGAUUGAGUCUCUGGGAAAACUGGCUUUUGAGCAAUUGCAAAAAGGCAACCUGAUAUUCUAUGAAUCAGAUCUGACAGAGUGUGGCAUCGAUAUCACAGCAGCCUCACUUUACUCAGGAGUGUUCACAGAGACCUUUAAAGAGGAGAAAGGACUGUACCAGGACAAAGUGUUCUGCUUCAUCCAUCUGAGUGUUCAAGAGUUUCUGGCUGCUCUUCAUGUCCAUCUGACAUUUACCAACUCUGGAGUCAAUCUGCUUUUGGAAAAACGAAAAACAACCUGGUUGUCUAACAUUUUCAGAGACAAAUCAACAUGUUUCUACCAGAGUGCUGUUGCCAAGGCCUUACAGAGUCCAAAUGGACACCUGGACUUGUUCCUCCGCUUCCUCCUGGGUCUUUCACUGGAGACCAAUCAGAAUCUUCUACGAGGUCUUCUGACACAGACAGGAAGUAUGUCAGAGACAAACAAGAAAACAGCCAACUACAUCAAGAAGAAGAUUAAUAAGGAUCUGUCUGCAGAAAAAAGCAUCAAUCUGUUCCACUGUCUGAAUGAACUGAAUGAUCGUUCUCUAGUGGAGGACAUCCAACAGUCCCUGAGAUCAGGAAGUCUCUCCAUAGAUAAACUGUCUCCUGCUCAGUGGUCAGCUCUGGUCUUCAUCUUACUGUCUUCACAAAAAGAUCUGGAUGUGUUUGACCUGAAGAAAUACGGUGCUUCAGAGGAGGCUCUUCUGAGGCUGCUGCCAGUGGUCAAAGCCUCCAAAAAAGCUCUACUGAGUGGCUGUAACCUGUCAGAGAGAGGCUGUGAAGAUCUUUCCUCAGUUCUCAGCUCCCAGUCCUCUAGUCUGAGAGAGCUGGACCUGAGUAACAAUAACCUGAAGGAUUCAGGAGUGGAGCUGGUAUCUCCUGGACUGAAAAGUCCAGACUGCAGACUGGAAACUCUCAGUCUGUCAGGCUGUCUGGUCACAGAGGAAGGCUGUAUUUUUCUGGCCUCAGCUCUGAGCUCCAACCCCUCCCAUCUGAGUGAGCUGGACCUGAGUUAUAAUCACCCUGGAGACUCAGGAGUGAAGCUACUGUCAGCAGGACUUAAGGAUCCUAACUGGAGACUGGAAACUCUCAGGAUGGACCAUGGUGGACCGCAGAGGUUGAAACCUGGUCUGAGGAAGUGUGAGUGUGUUUUAAAUUUGAUUUAUUUAAUUCACUAA